GAUCUUCCAUGUCACUUCCUUCAGACUGCAUCCUGUGCAGAGGAUCACGUUCAUGACUGUAGUAGAGGCGGAGUUUAGGGUCAAAGUUUUUCACAGAAUACGGAUUGUUGCUCCUGAAAAAAUGCUGCGUUAGCCAUUAGCAACAUCGUUUCAGCAACAUAACAGCGUUCAUGUGACCCCUGAGGAAAAUGUCCCGUUAUUUGAAGCAUUUCACAGCGGUGGGUGAUGAGCAAAGCACCGCCGCCCAGUGGCAUGACGAGGAGCCGCACGACGCCAGUGAAGACGUAGAGCUCGCCACAGGGCAGCACUUGGAGCAGGUCAGCUUCAGGGACUCCCUACGCCGCCUCUACAAAACAGAGAGGUUUCAGAUUGUUGUUGUGUGCUUGGUCGUCUUGGAUGCCAUUUUCGUUCUGUGCGAGUUGCUUAUUGACUUGUCUAUCAUUCAAGCAGAUCAUCACAGAGUCGCCCCGCAGGUAUUCCACUAUCUCAGCCUCGCCCUUCUCACAUUCUUCAUGGUGGAGCUGUCUGGAAAAAUCUAUGCCUAUCGCCUAGAAUUCCUCCACCAUAAGUUCGAGGUGUUUGAUGGAAUUGUGGUGGUGGUAUCCUUCAUCCUGGAUAUUGUAUAUAUAUCGAAGGAAGAUGCAUUUGAUGCCAUGGGGCUUCUGAUCUUGCUCAGGCUGUGGAGAGUGGCCAGGAUCAUUAAUGGUAUCUUGAUCUCAGUGAAAAAUCGUGCCCAUCACAAAGUUCAGAAACUAAAGGAGAUCAAUGAAAACCUUGUUCAUCAAGUCAAUGAACUUCAAGAGCGUAACACAAAAAUGAACGAAGAAAACACCAGGAUUCGUUUGCUCUUAAAACAGCACAGCAUUGAGUUUUGACGCUCCAGGGUUAUUCAUUAAACACAUCACAACAUGGGAAUGAGCUUAAGACUAAUCAUGUAUGUUCAUUCUAUAUGAAAUGUGAAGAAGUUCAUGUUACUGUGUUAUGUGUUUGUCACUCAACAAUCGUCUCGAUCUCCAUACCCUGGCAGAUCUUUAGUGGCAAAAAAAAGGGCAGAUGGUUAUUAAAGCCAGUGACCCAUGUAGGUCAAAUUAAUAAAAAGAAGGGAAAUCUAUAAACUGCACAAGGUAUAUACUGACUCAAUAGAUUAUAUGAUUUUUUAUUCUGAAUUACUAUUUUCCAAAAUCAUAAUCAGUAUUGCUGUUUUAUCAAUGAACUGCACCUUUCUCCUAAUGUUUUUCUCAUUCUAAAUGUCAAUGUGUUUGAGCAACUAAAAGCUAUGCAAUAAAUACUGUUUAAAAGAGAUAUGAAA